AUGGACACUGAGGAUGCCAUUGCAAUCGUUGGAAUUGGUUGCAAAUUUCCCGGAGCUGAGAAUGUGGAUGAAUUUUGGAAUGUUCUUAAAAAUGGUGAAGACCAUGUUAAAGAUAUUCCAAAGGAAAGGUUCAAUGUUGAGGCUUUUUAUGAUACCGAUCCUGACACGCCCGGUAAAACAUACAUCAGAAAAGCUGGAUUAGUCACAGGGAUCAACGAAUGGGAUUACAAAUUUUUUGGAAUUGGAGAAAAUGAAGCAAAGAGAAUGGAUCCCCAACAGAGAUUAGUGUUGGAGUGCACCUACAAAGCCCUAGAAGAUGGCGGAAUCACCAAAAUAUCCCUGAAUCAGUCGGAUACAGGAGUAUAUAUAGGCGUGAUGAAUGGAGAGUUUGAAGCAAUCACUGGGAUAGAUCCUAACCUGUUAACCAACACCUCGGUAACAGGCAUUAGCAGAAGUAUUAUAUCCGCGCAGGUUGCCUACUUUUUAAACCUCCAUGGACCGGCUAUGUCUAUAGAUACAGCUUGUUCGUCUUCACUUGUAGCCAUCCAUACCGCUGAACAAGCCAUUAAAACUGGUGAAAUGAAGAUGGCGAUAUGUGGGGGUGUGAACGUUUUGUUGAGUCCAUCAACGUCUAUAGGUUUGUCUAAAGCACGGAUGGCAUCGAAGACUGGAAAAUGCCACACUUUUUCCCAGAAUGCUGAUGGCUACGUAAGAGGGGAGGGAUGUGGAAUUGUUAUUCUGAAACGACUUGGUGAUGCUAUUCGUGACAACAAUAAAGUAUGGGCAACCAUAGCCACUGCCUGCAACCAAGACGGACACGAGAACUCUCCGAUCACGGCGCCCGCUGGUGUUCAGCAGGUCAAACUCUUAGAGAGAAUCUUUGAAAAAUUAGCCGUUCAUCCCAGCAGUAUACAAUACAUAGAAGCUCACGUGGGUGUUGGCACGGAUAAUAUCCCUCACUGCUCAAUGGCCCUGAAUGCCAAAUGUACUGGAACCCCGGUGGGUGAUCCAAUAGAGGUGAAUGCCUUGGGGAAUUUUUUUAGUAGCCAUCGCAAUAAUCACAACAUAAAAAUUGGAUCCGUGAAGACUAAUAUAGGGCAUCUUGAAUCUGCAGCAGGAGUUGCGGGACUUAUCAAAGUUCUUUUGAUGAUGAAACAUGGAGAAUUUGUGCCAUCAUUGCACGCAGAGCCACCAAACAAAAACAUCCCAUUUCAGAAAUAUGGACUCGUAGUCAGUCAAGAUAACACAGAAUGGAAGUACGAUACUCAAGGUCGACGAUUAGCCUCAGUCAAUUCCUUCGGCUUUGGUGGCACAAAUUCACAUGCAGUAGUGUGCAGUACGCCAAAUCUUUUCUCUCUACCAAAUAAACACAAAGUUACCAUGACAGAUGUUUUAUUUCCAAACUAUAAAGUUGUUGUUUUGUCAGCAAUUACAAACAAAUCAGUGCAAGAUUUAACUGAGGACUUAAGACAAAAUUUAAAUGGAAUGAAGUUAGAAGAUUUAUCGUAUACAUCUGUUCUUCGUAGGGAUCAUUUUAAAUAUCGCAGAAUGUUUGUCACAGAUUCGAUUGGCAAUCUCGACAGUCAGCUGAAAACAUUUUUACACAAGAGCGAUCAAAGCAUUUCUGUUACACAUUUCCAGCAAUCAAAAGUAGUAUUUGUUUUCUGUGGGGUAGGAACGACUUGGAAAGGAAUGUGUGCAGAUUUUAUCACGAUGAAUUCCGUGUUCAGAAAGCAAGUUCUUGGCAUUGACAUGUAUUUAAAAAACCUAAAUGCAAACAUAUCAAUGUAUGAAACCAUCAAAAACAAAGAUGAGGUUUAUGAAGAUCCAAUGAAAGCCCAUUUAGCAAUUUUUACGAUUCAGGUUGCUCUAGCUGCGUCUUGGAGACACAUAGGAAUUCAGCCGACAGCGAUCGUAGGACAAUCAGUAGGUGAAGUGGCUGCAGCAUACGAAUGUGGUUCUCUUUCUCUUGAAGAUGCCGUAACCGUUAUUUAUAACCGUUCGCUAGCAUUAUCAGCCUGUAAAACUGGUUCAAUGAUGGUCAUUCGUAACUGCUCGACCGAAGAUGUUAGUCAAGCUUGUGCAGAGAUUCUUAGCAAUUUCAAAUGUAAAGCCAAUAUUGCUGUUUACAACAGCAACGAGUCGUGUACGGUAUCAGGUGAUACAGAAGCAUUGAAAAAAAUAAAAACUAGAUUGAAAGAUGAGGCUGUGUUUAUUCCCCUCAAAACCUCAUGCGCAUACCACAGCCAUCAUGCAAAAGAAGCGAGUGAGCGUCUCUUUGAUAUGCUAAAAACUAUACGACCCAAACAGCCACAUGUUCGUUUCUUUUCAACUGUAACAGGAAUGGAGAUGAAAAAUGAAUUUGCAUCCCCAACAUACUGGGCAUUAAAUGUUUUGAAACCUGUAAAAUUUGAGCAAGCAAUGAAAUUGGUCAAAGAUGAAGUAGAGAAUGUUAUAUUUUUAGAAAUAGGCCCACGCCCUGUAUUCAUGGCACAUCAGUCAACGGUGUUUCCGAACACAAAUAUCGUGGUAUUGCCUUCAAUCAACAAAUCAUUGGAUACAAAGACGUUUUUUAGCUCGCUGAACACAUUGUUUGAAAAGGGCAUAAACCCUUUAUGGGAACAUCUCACAGAAGUAAAUGGUAGUCUCUCUAAAUUUCCACGAUAUAUUCUUAGCAAGCAUGACUGCUGUUUUGAAUCUGAAAUGGUUAAUAGAUGGACACAAGAAAACAUUUUAGAGGGGAAUGUUGGAAGAAUGAUUCGUGCCGUACCAGGAACGAAUAGAGAAUUUAAAAUUCUUAUCUCAAAAUCAAAUACGCCCUUUGUAUAUGAACAUGUCGUUGAAAAUAAAAUCCUUAUACCUGGUGCCCUGUAUGGAGAGGCAGCACUUGAAAUUGGGAGAAUUUUAUUGACUGGUUAUAUAGAAAACCUUGAAGUUUCAUGGAAAAUUUGGAAACCUCUCGAAAUCACUAUGAACGAGGAAAGGUCUCUUCUAAUUGAAACCGAUUUUGUUUCGCCACGGAAAGUUGAUUUUAGAGUUAGAGAAUCACCAGGUUCCCGAAUAUUAGCAGACGGGAGUGCAGAACAUAUAGAGAGAGAAGAUUCAACGACAUUUGACGUUUCAGGAUUUGAAAUGACCCUCGGAAAACAACAGCCAAAUAUAGACAUCUACAAAAUUCUAAAUACCUUGGGAUUUAAGCAUGGACCAACAUUCCGGAUAGUAUCAGAUUUCCGAACAUCCAUGAACGAUAGUCUCUCAGAAAUAAACUUAUCAAAAUAUGUUCAGACGGAAUUGCCAAGAACCUGUUUCCAUCCUGUUAUCAUCGAUGGCAUGUUUCAGACAUCUUUUAAUCCAAAUAUGUUAUCAGGGGUUUCAAAAGGAUGGCGUAUUCUUCCCACAGGUGUUAAAAUGUUUAGGGUCAAACAAGCACCAGUAGAAAAGAUGACCUGCUUUUCAAGAUUCAUGUUAAAUCAGAAUUCAAAAUUACUAUUUAACACACUGCUUUUGCGUGAGAAUGGAAUCGUUGUAGCAGAAAUGGAAAGUUUUGAAAUGAAAAUAAUUUCAGAAGAUGGUGAUUUUCAGAAAUAUUUUUUAGAAGAAGCAUGGCAGAAUACCAUUCUUCCAGUUAGUGAUAAUUCUUAUAGUAUUCCAAGUUUAAUUUUUUCUUGGCAACACGAAGUCCUUGAGGAGGCUAGAAAGAUUUUGUGUAGGACUUGCUCCAACUUAGAGACUGUCGAUCUAUCUCACAAGGGGGAAAGAGAGGCGUUUCUGUCAUUAUUGAAGGAAAGAAGGCAUUUUCAUCUUUACUUCAUUCCUGGUUUUGUCAAUGCAGACGGAUAUUUAAAUGGAAAUGAUGUGUUAGAAACUGUAACAAAGUCCUCCCAUCUUCUCCUGAAGGUCCUUCAGGAGAUAGAUUCUAAAAACACAAGCCUAUACAUUAUUACAGAAUGGACACAGGGUGGCGAAGAAAGAGAUGUCUUUGGUGUUUUUGGAUCGGAACUUUGGGGUAUGGGUCGAUCAUUUCAGAAGGAAUGCCCCGACUUUAAACUGAAUAUGAUUGAUCUACAUGGCCAGUUGUCGGACCUCCAGGAUUUAUUUUUGUCCAUUAUCAAUGCUUUGAAUAAAGACAAGGAAAAUCUACUACCUCGGGAAUAUAUCAUAACGUCAAAUGGAGUCCUCACCAAACAGCUUCAAAAUAUGCCUGCCCUCUCUUUUGAAAGUUUUGUCAAGAAAAUUGAUUCAAACAGAGAAAAGAAUUUUUCUGUGCGCGCAAGAUCUGCUAGAGAUAAUGAAACAUUAUUCAAAGUCCCAAACCUGGAAAAAUCUACUUGUGCAAAAGAGAAUUGCACUGUAUUGAUUCAUGAAGUACUGCUAUGUUCAAAAAAUCACCUAUUCCCUCCUCCAAAAACUAUUCCAAUCGGAAAGUACUGGAGUUCCAGUUAUGACACAGGUCUUGAUGUAAUGGCUUGUGAGUUUACGGGACAUUUCAUGAAAAAUGGGACGCAUGCUGUAGGUUGUUGUCUCGUCAAUGUAACUAGCAUCGUGGAAGUAAACAAGUUAUGUACAUGUGAAUUAUCGGACUUACCAUUUUACAGAAUUGGAAUGUUCUCCAACACUGUAAUAGCAAUGUGUUUGGCAGAAAAAAUAGGAAGGAAGAGUAAUGUACAGAUAUUAUUUGACAAGCAAUACGAAAACGUCACAAAACUGAUACAAAUGAUGUUACGAAAAAAACAUUGUUCAGUCUUUGCUGCAGAAUUCAAUGCUAAAAAAGACACGCAAAACCCAUUAACGACGUGUCUUGUCUUACUCACAAAUCAAAUUGUGUGUUCUUUUGAAGCUAUUGUAUUCUGGUUUCCGAACAUGAAACAAUUACUGAGUAUUAAAGGUCUUCUGCCAUUGUCCACAACUUUGAAUAAUCAAGCCAAGUAUCCAUUUAUAGAAUCUUGUGCUGUUGAUAUGUAUGAAGUAUUUGAGCAAACGAAAAUGCAAAAGAGAUUUCUGCUAGCAAAGCGAUUAAUGCUUGACAAUAAAGACUUUUUCAGCCAAAUAACCGCUCCAAGUUCAGAAUGCAUAUUAAACUUACAUUCUUGGAAUAGUACUACAGAAGUAGAAGUGCCAAAUAAGUUCUUGAUAAGACCGGAUUCGGCAUAUAUUGUUAUAGGAGGACUUUCAGGUCUAGGUUGGGAAGUUACAAAAUUUUUAGCCGCUCGAGGCGCAAAAGUGGUCAUUACUCUUUCAAGAAGGACCCCGUCUUCAUUAGAGAGGAAUCGACUAGAGAACAUGAAAAAUAUUCGAAAUACAUUAAUGAUACAUGAAAAGGUUGACAUUACAGAAAUAAAAGAUUUAGAACGUGUUUUCUCGGGUCUUUUGCGUCAUCUAGGUAAUACAAGGAUUCGUGGAGUUUUUCAAGGCGCAGGUGUUCUCAAAGAUUUACCUGUAACAAGGCUCACAAAUGAGAGCUUUGAUAUUCCACUGAUUCCAAAAAUAUUAGGUACUUGGAAUUUGCAUUUAAUGACAAAAGACAUUGAUUUGGAUUAUUUUGUCAUGCAUUCUAGUAUUGCAUCACUUUUUGGAAACAACGGACAAACUAAUUACGCAGCAGCAAAUGCCUUUAUGGAUGCAUUUGCGUACUAUAGAAGAUCAAAAGGUAAAGCAGCACAGGUUAUCAACUGGGGUCUGCUUUCAAUUGGAAUGGGAGCUGAUCAAGAUAUUCAGUCAAUAAAUGCAAUGGGGGGUCUUCAUGCUUUGCCGAAAGAAAAAAUAAUAGUUGCCUUAAACCAUGCGUUGAUAACAAACAGAGUACAAUUCGCAUUUGCAAGCAUUGAUAUAUCUCGUGUAGAGAGAAAAGAAGAGAAGUUACGAAAAGAGAGACAAAAUCGUCUUAAAAUUGACAUUCAUAGCAAAAACACUGGCAGUAAUGAAUCAUUUCAAAAUAAACACCAAUUGCUUCAAUCGUGGAUUGAUUCUAUAAGGUAUGCCUCAGCAUCAGUUCUGGCAGUUGAACCCACAGAUAUUAAAGAAACAUCAAUUCUUCUAGAUUUUGGAUUAGAUUCUCAGAAAGCAAUAGAACUUAUUAACUACUUAUAUGCAUCCAGUCAUGUCCGAUUACCCGUUGUUUAUCUUAUGGCAGGAAAAAGUGCUGUUAGUGAUAUAGCUGAACACUUCAUGUUGAAAAUAACUGAGGAUGACACGACCGAUAACGAUAAUUUCGUUUCUGAAAGUAUCUCAUUCUUGGAGCAACACUAUUUAGACUUGCGAAAAAAGGACACAGAUAACCCUCAUUUAACAAUUAAGUUGGAUUUACGUGUUUCAUUACAAUUGAAAAGUGCAGACAUAUGGAAAGGUUCUCUCUUGAAUCUUAUUUCAAUCAACCCAGAAUUUAGAACAUUGCUUCAAGAGACAGAACAGGGUAAAAAGCGUGCUAACAUACAAAAAGUCAUAAUUGACAUUGAGGACGUUACUUUCCAUUUUAUUACAGUUUCCUCGAAAGAGGAUUUUGAAAAGGCGUCUGACAGUAUCUCAAAAUUCGAUCCAUUCGUAGACAUUCCAUUAAAAGCAGUAUUUUGGAAGUCUCCUACAUUUGGAAUUAUCAGACUGUUGAUAAAUCACUGCUGCUUCGAUAACGGAUGUGUCAUAGCUAUUGUAAAAGAUCUUAGUUAUAUCUUGAAUCAAUACAUUUUUCAUCAGUAUGCUCCAGAUACGUUUCCCCAUCAGCCAGUUGAUCCAGCGUUGGCAAUGGAAAGGAUGUUAAAUGAGCAAAUGGAAGAACUUAAAACUUACUGGAACAUGGAACUUUCCAAAUGUCGAGAAUCACAGAGUUUUAAAAGGAUUAAAAAAGUGGAGGAGAUAAGCUCCGGAAGAACGAGCGAAGUCAUCGCAAGGCACUUGAAUGUGGAUCAAUUACAAAAGAUGGAGGAAAUGUCUACGAAAAGUCAAAGAAAAUAA